AUGUUCUUUUAUCCGCAUUUACGUUUAUCAGGUUGCAUCGAUCCAAGUGAACCAUUUCAAUGUCCACAAAGUGAAAAAUGUAUCGCAUUACAAUUUAUUUGUGAUGGACAUCCAGGCGAUUGUCCGGGUAAUCUCGAUGAAAAUGAAGAAACGUGCAUAGCAGCAAAACGUCCUGCUAAAGAAAAUAUUGAAAAAUUUUUACAAGCCGAAUAUGCUCUUCAUGGAACAAAAUUAUUUACAUUUUUAUUUGGACACAAAUUAAGUCGAAGUAUUGAGGAAAACAAACCAUUUUGGUUUGAUACAUUAGCAUCGGCAUUCUCAGGUAAUCAAUUAACUGUGAUGAUAAACUACAGACUUGUUAAUUGUUAG